GCUAUCCAAAUGAACAUGGUUAAAAAUGCUGUUGAUGACAUGUACUUUGGCUGCAACAAAAGAAUGACACAAACAAUCAGCAGAUUCUUUAAAGAAGAGAAUAGUGGAGUGUUUGCUAAAGUCUGGAAAAAAGCAGAGCCUUGUGCAAACAGGAAACUGAAACAUAAAGCUAAAGGGGACGAGGCUCUGACCAAAGACCAUAUGCAAGCAAUCUGUGCUUAUACCUCUAAUUAUAAAGAGUUUUACAAGACGUUCAAUGAUCAUGUCAGGAAUAAUAUGAGCACAUAUUGCACUUCUUUCCCAUUUCAUUACUUACACUUCUGGCUGACAUCCGCUCUACAGAUUCUCAAUAGAGACGGUGACAAUAUAAACUGUAACACCACCUACCGCAGAACCAAUCUUGUGUUUACCGGCAAGGUUAACCAGAUCAUUCGGUUUGGCCUCUUUGCCUCCAGCUCUUACAAAACUACACUGACCCGCUUUGGUCAUAAGACCUGCUUUGAAAUCAAAACCUGUUCAGGUGCUUUCCUGAAACAUUAUUCAUCUCUUGGACCUGAAGAGGAAGAGGUUCUCAUACCGCCCUAUGAGAUGUUCAGGAUAACAAUGGGUCCCCCUGUAAAAGGUCUGGGUGAUUGUGAUGUUGUCCAUAUCCUGCAGAGCGCAGGAGUUCAGAGCAAUCUAAACUGCAAAGCUGCUGACUUAUCAGAGGCCAGAGGAUCCUCUUCAGCUGCUGGAGGAAAGUGA